GUCUGGUAUAUUCUGGAUGCCAACUUUAUCCAGUUCUAUGCUGCUGAAGCUAUCGCUGCUGUUCACUCACUUCAUCAAAUGGGCUACAUUCACUGAUACACCUAUAUUCGCUACUGUCAUUUCUUUCUUGCGAUCAUUCCACUAAUGCCAGUCAGCCUGCGACUUUUAAACAUUCAAGACUAUAUAUUACUUCAUCCUAUCGUACCAUUUUCUCUUGAGCAGUCGAUGAGAAGACACCCAUUUAUAUUUGCUUCUUUUUCUGGAAGAUGUCCUGCUUUUGUAAUCUGUUAUGAUAUCAAGCCGGAGAAUCUCGCUAUUGAACGCAGUGGCCAUCUGAAACUUAUUGACUUUGGAUCAGCUAUUCGGCUUGACUCUGAUGGAAAGGUAGGUAAAUUUUUUUCGAAUGAAAGAGCACUUAAGGACAAAUUAUAUAUUUUUUUCGAAAGUAUGUAG